AUGGCGGCCGAAGAUAUCAAAAAAUUAAUUGCAGCCAGAGGCCAAUGUAAGGCUUCUAUGACGAGAAUGGAGAGGUUUCUCCAACAAGAGCCUCAAUUAUUUACUGUGGAGAGCUUGAAUACUAGAAAAGCGUCAAUGAACACCGUUUUCCAAAAGUAUCAAGACGUAUGCGUGCAAUUAUCAGUAUUAGAGCCAGAACAUCACAAAGACGACUUGGACGACGACACAGAAGAUCGAUUUUACAGCAUUAUGACCGCUUUAGAGUGCGCGUUAAAUGUAAUAGAAAAAACAGCCCAACAAAAUACACAGACAGCAGAGGGCACUGGAAAAGCAGCGCGCUUGCCUUCGCUUGAUAUACCUGUCUUCGACGGGCGGGACGUCGCGCUCUACAAAUCAUUUAUCGAGAUGUUUGAGGCUGUAGUACAUCGCGACGCGCGAAUACCUGUCGUCCAGAAGCUGUGCUUUCUGAAAAAGUACUUAAAGGGCGAGCCGCUACAGCUUAUCGACAAUUUACCCAUAAUUGGAGCAUCAUAUGACUCUGCACUAGAACUACUCAAGAAACGGUAUGACAACCCAGCAUUAAUCAUCAGCAGCCACGUCAAUACACUCCUGGACAUACCAGCGUUGCACCGAGGCACUGCUCUACAGCUGCGAGACAUGGUGGCCAAGGUCCGGCAACAUCUCACCGCGCUACAAAACCUUGAGCAGCCAGUCACAUCAUGGGACGCCAUCCUAGCCUGCAUCUUGUUAAGAAAGUUAGAUUCCUUCACCGUGAGAUUGUAUCACUCCGAGAGGGACAACAGCGAGCAACACACUGUGAGUAGCUUACUUAAUUUUUUAGAAAAAAGAGCUGCGGUGUUGGAGGCGAGUCCAGCUGGUAGUGAAAGCUCGGUUCAGGAUUAUAAGAUUGAUGUUGACUGCGCUAUUGUACCCAAAAUAACUUCAGCACAGCCACAGCAAGCCAUAGACUUGGCCAAGCUGAUUUUGCCCAACGCUAUUACCUUAGCUGAUGAUGAAUUUAAUGUUCCAGGCGAAGUUUCCCUCCUUCUGGCUGAAAGGUUGAGGCAGGCCCUGAGGAUCCAGUGCUGCUGA